AUUCAAAGUGUUGGAGUACAGAGCCAAAACAACAACAAAAUAUUGUCUCUGACCCUGUACAUUUGGAGCUCUGUAUGUUUCUUGGAAAAUGAUUUCAGCCUCUCACUGACAAUCUAACUUUCAUUUUCAUUUUCUUCUGGAAAAUGGUGGACCAGACAGAAAGGCUUCUCAAACACCGUGCGCACUGAACAGGUAUCAACGCGACCAGCCACUUAUUAUCUAUCUAGCGCAAAAAUAAAGUGCUUCAAGAUGUUAGAUGAAUCAUUAGAGCCAGGGUGGCUAUCUGAAGAAGUAAAAACCGGGACCACCAUCAUUGCUAUUGAGUUUGAUGGAGGGGUGGUGCUGGGCUCUGACUCUCGAGUGUCUGCUGGGGAGACUGUGGUGAACCGGGUGAUGAACAAGCUCUCUCUCCUCCAUGACAAGAUCUACUGCGCCCUGUCAGGCUCGGCUGCGGACGCCCAGACCAUCGCUGAGAUGGUUAACUCCCAGCUGGAUGUGCACAGCAUUGAGGUUGGAGAGGAUCCUCAAGUUCGUUCAGCUGCCACUCUGGUGAAAAACAUCUCGUACAAAUACAAAGAAGAGCUGUCAGCGCAUCUCAUUGUUGCCGGGUGGGACAAGAGAGGAGGGGGACAGGUGUAUGUGACCCUGAAUGGCCUUUUGUCCAGACAACCCUUUGCGGUCGGCGGCUCUGGAAGCUCCUACGUCUAUGGGUUUGUUGAUGCAGAGUACCGGAAGGCCAUGAGCAAAGAGGACUGCCAACAGUUUGUUGUCAACACACUUUCAUUGGCUAUGAGUCGAGAUGGUUCCAGCGGAGGUGUGGCCUACCUUGUCACUAUCGAUGAAAAGGGUGCAGAGGAGAAAUGCAUUCUGGGCAAUGAGUUGCCUACUUUUUAUGAUCAGUGAAAACUGGGUUGUGAAAACAGUAACACUCAAGUUGUUGUAGUUAUGAAACAGUGAAUGAACAUAUGGCCACCAUACGAACAAACAGUACUAUUCUUCAAUCUACACAGGAAAUAUAAUGUUUGGAUAGGGGUAUGAAUCAUGCUGGCACAAUGUUAAAUAUUCUCAUCCCCACAUCACUACACAUACCAUUUCAAAAUUAUUCAUAAUAGUUAAGCCCUCUGUUGAAGACACUGAUUUUAUUUUGGGUAGCUGGGGACCUCAUGCUGGACUGUGUCUUUGGGUGAUUCACAAGUCAAUAAACCAUCUCUCAAUUAAACUUUC